AUGGCAAAGAGAAUGUCUGAGAACAGCCAGCAGUUGGAUGACACGCCGCAGAAGUGUGACAAGGGCAAGCAGCCAAUAACACAUAAUCAUAGCACUUCAGUGACCCCGGAGGUGGUUCGCACAAACCACAGUCUCAUGUUGCAGCAACAGCUAUCCGGAGAGAACGCACUGAAGGCCAUGUACUCGGACGAUCGUAGCUCGACAACCUCACCCGCACCUCCAAGCCCCAAGCAAGUGCCCGAGAGGUACCCCUUGAAUAUCAGGUGGUCCUUCGAAGGACACAGGGAGUCUAUCACUAUCCCACAGUUUGGGAUCCAACUCCAAUGUCGAAUUGUCCGAUGCAUCGGGAAGCAGCAAAAAUCUCACCUCAGCACCAUGUUGGCGGUGAACACAAGAGUCAUGAGAGCCAUCUCGCUCCCGACCCUAGAUCUCCUAGACCUGUUCACGGUUCUGGCCUACAAACUGGAUCAUUGA